AAAAAAGUUGAUUAAUCAGACAGAAGUGGGAAAAUGGAAAACCUACACUUCAAAAUCCUGGUUCUUGCCAUUUCCCAUUUCCUGCUAAUCUCAACUUCCUAUUCACAACCAAACCUUAACAAUCUCUUCCAAUGCCUUUACAAUGAUUCUUCAUUAUCUUCAUCAAACGUCGUUUAUGUUCCGUUAAAUUCCAAUUCUUCGUAUUCGUCGCUGUUGGAAUCCACCAUUCGCAACAACAGAUUCCUCACCUCUGCCACCCCAAAACCAGUCGCUAUAGUCAAACCUUCGAACUAUAACCAAAUUCAGGCCACCGUGAAAUGUUGCAAAAUUCAUGGAGUCCAAAUUCGGAUACGAAGCGGCGGCCAUGACUACGAAGGCCUGUCCUACACGACCCGAUUGGCGCCUUUCGUCGUGAUCGAUCUUCAGAGUCUGAAUUCGGUUAAUGUCAGUCUUGAAGAUAACAGCGCGUGGGUUCAAUCAGGAGCCACGCUUGGCGAGGUGUAUUACGCGAUCACGCAGAAAAGUGCGAAUCGUGCAUUUUCAGCCGGGAUUUGUAACACUGUUGGCGUUGGUGGACACCUAAGUGGAGGUGGCUAUGGUACGAUAUCGCGAAAAUACGGCCUUUCUGCGGAUAAUGUCGUUGAUGCUGUCGUAAUCAACGCGGACGGGCAAAUUCUGGAUCGAAAAUCGAUGGGGGAAGAUUUGUUCUGGGCUAUAAGAGGUGGUGGAGGAUCAAGUUUCGGGAUCAUUCUUUCCUGGAAAAUCAAGUUAUCAGAAGUUCCAUCAGUUGUGACAGUUUUCAGAGUCGCCAGGACUCUGGCGCAAGGUGGAACUGAUCUUGUACAAAAAUGGCAGACUAUUGGGAAGAACUUCACCAAAGAUUUGUUCAUGAGGUUGGUUAUUGAGGUAAUUGCGGAAGGAAAUAGCAAAACCAUUCGAAUCAAAUUCGAAACGUUGUAUUUGGGCAAAAUUGAUCAGCUUCUGGCCAUAUUGAACACAAAUUUCCCUGAACUUGGUUUGAAAAGAGAAGAUUGCACUGAAACAAGCUGGAUUAAGUCCAUUCUGUUCUUCGGGAAUCGAAACAUGGACGAUUUCGAUCAACUGAAGAACAGAGUACCGGACGCGAGGAGAUUCUUCAAAGCAACUUCAGAUUACGUGAAGCAACCUUUGUCAAAAUCCGCAUUGGAAAUGUUAUGGAAAUGGUGUGUGGAGGGACAGAAUCCGAUACUGAUUUUCGAACCUUACGGUGGAAUAAUGGAUGAGAUUCCGACAGGAAAUCUGCCAUUUCCUUAUCGAAAGGGCACACUAUACAACAUUCAGUACUUGAUUCAAUGGGAUAAUGUUUCAGAAUCGGAUGUUCAUAUCAAUUGGAUUAGAAAAUUGUAUGGAAAUAUGACCCCUUUCGUGUCAAAAGGACCAAGAGGUGCUUAUCUGAAUUAUAGGGAUCUUGAUUUCGGUGUCAAUAAGGUUUCUGGUGGAACACCUUAUUCGGAAGCAGAACAAUGGGGGAGCAAGUAUUUUGGUGCAAAUUUCAGGAGAUUAGCAAUGGUGAAGAAGAAAGUUGAUCCCCAAAAUUUCUUCAGAGAUGAACAGAGCAUUCCGCCAUUUUGAUCAUAAAGUAUAGAAUAGAAACUUUUGAAUCCGAUUCCUAAUAGUCAUUUAUACUCUUGAAAUAUGGUUCAUUUCGUGGUUUUUCUCUUCAGGGUAAAUACAAUGCCAGGAAUUCCACUUGAAUAAUUUUUUGCUCUUUUCAUGUUUGGCAAUAAAUAAUCGAUGUUACUGAGUCAUUUUUGUUUGUCUUAAAUUUCAUCUUGUAUGUUAUUCUCAUUGAAAAUAAGACCUUAAAAAACUUAUUUUCACGUUUAUUGUGUUCUUCCCAUU